GUAGGCGUCCAAAUGAAGCAUUGCUUUCGAUCAAUUGUUUCCAAAGGGACUUGGGGGGCACUAAUCCUUUGGUGAGGGUCUGGGCACUCCGUACAAUGGCUGGAAUUCGUCUUCAUAUAGUCGCGCCCCUCGUUCUUGUAGCCGUAAACAAGUGCGCGAGAGAUCCAUCUGUUUAUGUCAGAAAGUAUGUUGCUAACGCUGUUCCCAAGUUGUUCGACUUGCGCAUUGAGGAAAAUACUUCUGCAAUCGAAGAGGUCGUACAUUGAAGGACCGGAUGAAUAUUUAUCACGUGCAACUUACAUUAAUAUGGAUUCACCGAAGUUAACUUCUGCAAGAUAUACAUCCGGGAAAAUUAAUGAUGAUAUUAAUAUCUUACUUCAAUGUACAUCACCACUGCUAUGGAGUUAUAAUAGUGCAGUGGUAGUUGCUGCUGCUACUGUACACUGGAUUAUGGCGCCAAUGGAGGAUGUCAAAAGGAUAGUUAAGCCGCUUUUGUUUGUCUUGCGAUCCUCUAAUGCCUCAAGAUACGUGCUGAUAAAUGUUGGGCAGAAGCAAGAUGCUCUGCAAGAACUUCACGAUCUUAUUACCUUGAAGAGAUCCCGAGCAUGGCAAAAUACCCUUGAGAGGAUUAUGUUCAAGUACAUUGAGCUAUGCGUUGAUAUGCGGAGGGGGAGAUUUGCCAAGGAUGGUCUGAUUGAGUAUCGCAUUGUAUGUCAACAAGUGAAUGUCACCUCUUCGGAGGAGGUGACGAAGCACUCCAUGCAAACCUUACAGGAGAAAGCAAAGCAGGCGCAAGAUUGAAAGUAUCUUUUCAUAUAUAUCGGGGAUAAGCUUUGCUUUAGCAUCUUUUGUGUCAUAAGUGCAGUUGGCCCAAUAUGUUCAUGAGGUUGCUUAAGCAGGUGCUUUAAAGUGCUCAAGAUUAUUUAUUCUCUUAUUAUGUGUACUAUAAAGAAAAAUAUUUAUGUCAUUCUUGUGGAAAAUGUAGAUGAAUGUAUUUCAUUUUCAUAUUAUUAUAAUAUUUUG